AUGAUGAUGCUGCUGGAUAACAGUGUCUUGACGAUCAAGUACUGUAUACCAGCAAUUUCGCAAAUGUUCGAGAGCCUUUUAGAGCAUAUCGGAAGAUCUACCCCCGAGAGCAUGAUGAAGCUACUUCAGAAAGACGAGGUUCUUCCCGGCGGCGGCCCCUCCGCAAGCUCCGGGGCCAGGGACCAGGGACUUGCUUGCUACUUACGGUCGCGGCUUCACGAGGCUGAGAAAGAUGAUGGUUGUUAUGAGGCCAACUUCAAAUUUCGGAGUGAAAAGGGGCACAAACCUGCGCACAGUGCGAGGAGACAUGGCGAGAAGCAUGCGACGAACGGGCCGAUGGUUCGGGACCUUACGAUUGGGGCGGCCGACGGAUUGAGGGUUCCCUUUGCGCUGACGGCGAGUCUCUCUUCCGGUCUCGCGGAACUCUUCAGCGGCGCCAUCACGAUGGGUCUCGAACAGCGCGACCACGACGACGUUCGUGAUUUUACCGAGGACGAGAAAGCCGAGUGCUGUGAGAUGCUCGGGAAGCACGGUGUCAAGCACGAUACGCUGGUUCCCGUCAUUGACGAGCUGGCCCUGGACACUGAUAGAUGGGGUUGCGGCCUGAAACGAUCGCUGGAAUACUGGCGCCCACGGUUCAUGAUGGGCUUCGAGCUCAAGCUCGAGAAGCCCCAGCUGUCCGUGGCCUGGGUCUUGGGCGCCACCUCGGGCAUCUCGUACUUCAUCGGCGGCCUGAUUCCCGCCAUCCCGUACUUCGCCAUGCACAACGUGAUGCAUACGCUCUUCGUCUCGAUCGGCGUCACGGUCGUCACGCUGAUGGUGUUUGGCUUUGCGAAAAACUACGACACGAUGCAGACCAAGCGGGCGGGCCUGUACGGAUCGGUGCAGACGACCAUCAUUGGGGUCCUGGCGGCGGACACCAGCUAUGGGAUUGUGAGAGCGAUUGAUAGCAGCGAUGGGAAGGUGGGCGGCGGUGGUUGA